AUGCCUGCCACCGGCGCGGAUUCCGAAUACGACUCUGGUCCACAAUUACUGAGAGAUAUCUGGGCGCUUGCAGCCAUUGCUAUUAUUGUCGUCAAUCUCAGAAUAUUUGCUAAAUUCAGGAUCGCGAAAUCUGGAUGGGAUGAUAUUCUCAUGGCUCUUGCAUUGCUUCUGGCAAUUGUCGGAUCAACCAUGGCUACAGUGGCCGUGAAUCGCGGCUUUGGUCACCAAGUUGGAACCUUGGAACCGAGCGAUGUCUCCAGAAUCAUCGAGUACGACUACUUCACACAGACCUUUGGAAUUGUGGGUGGCACACUUGGGCGCGUCGCUUUUAUCGUUUACGUUAUCGGAUUGCUUGGUGUUAGCACAUCUCACAGAGUUACUUUGUGGGCCCUUGUUGUGCUCCAACCCAUCGUCAACCUUGUCUUUAUCCUCAUAAUUUUUCUCCAAUGCCCAGGACACGGGUCUGGUAUUUGGGCGCACUCUGGAAAGGUGAAAUGUUGGAGCCCUCGUGUUCAAGCAUAUUAUGGAUACUUCCAGGGAUCGUUCAACUCGGCAACUGACCUUUAUCUCGCGGUGUUCUCGACAUACAUAUUCUGGAGUCUUAAUUUGAAAGUGAGAGUCAAGCUGGGUCUGAUAACUCUACUCGGGAUGGGGGUCUUUGCGAUGAUUGCGUCUAUAAUAAAAACGGUACAAACCCAUGUUCUUGCAACAACAGACAAAGAUCCAACUAUUGCAACCAUCAACCUAGAUCGCUGGUUAUAUAUUGAAACCUAUCUGGUUCUCAUUACGGCAUCGAUCCCUUGUCUCCGGUCCCUUGUCCGAUUGAUCAAGAGCCAGAUAUCUAGCACGGACAGAUAUACUCAUGAACUGAGUUCACCAUAUACUGAAAACACUCUCUCGCUAUCAAGAGCCAGAAACAGAGUCUCGGUUAUUGGGGGUAGAGGGAUGAAACGAAUUGCAGAUGGAAGUGACAGUGAAGAUGGUGAUAUCGGCAGCAGCUCCCAUGGCCAACUCUCUAGAUCUGAAGGAAUCCAUAGACAAGUCGAAGUAUCUGUCACAGUAGGGGAGGAACACAAAUCCAGUAUUGUAUAA